CAAUUUGUAAACAAAAAAAUUACAACUUUCUAAUCAACAGAUAACAAUUGAUAAAUAAUUUAUUUUAUAUUAUUUUUGUUUAGUAAAUACUUAAUUGAACUCGUCUAAUUCGAUUUACAUAAGUCUAAGAUCAGAGAAAAUGGAUAGAAACGAAGGAGGCAUUAAAUUUGUAAAUUGCAUUGGAUCAGACAUUAAUAUAUGGAAAAAAGGACCUUAUGAUGAAGAUUUUGAAUGUGAAACUUGUUUACUGUAUGAUGAACCUGAAUAUCAGCUUGAUGGUCAAGAAGACAUUAAUACUAGUUGGAAAUUUUUUGAUCAUAUAACAAAAAGAUAUCUAUUAGGGAAUGGAAAAAAAAUUUUUCAUUACCAAAAAUAUGAAUGCCCACCAAUCAUAGUUAAAAUUAACACUCCAUUAUAUACUUUACAAGAACUUUGCACAUACACGAUUUCUAGAAGACUUUUGGCUAACAACAUUGGAGAUACAGCAAUUGAUGAAUUGGAAUUACCUGAACAGUUGAAAAUUGAUAUCAAAAGUUGUGUAGAGAAUUUAAAAGAAAGAUAUGAAGCAGAUGGAGAUGAUUUCCGUCAAGAUUGGACAGUAUAUCAUGAAGAAGAAUAUCGCUAUUAAAAUGUUUUAAAUAAAAGUUUUUAUUCAUAUUUUAUUUUACAUACUAUAGUUUAUUUUUAAAUAUAAUAUAAUAUUUUUUUUUUCAUUUUUCAUUGAAUUUCAAAAAAAAAAUAUUUAAUCUUCGUAUCGUUUUGUUUUAAUACUUGACUUAUAUUUUUUGCUAGAGACUAAGUAUUACUCAUUAUUAUUAAUUAAUAUAAAAUAUAUAGUUAAAUAUUUAUUA